GAAAUUAUAUAUAUAUAUAUAUAUUAUAAGCAAGAAAUUAUGGAUCACUGUGUGUGCAAGCAAGUUCAAUCAGUAGCUAGUAAAUUGAAGAAGAAGAAGGCACAUGGUAAAGAUGAGUUUGAUCGUGUCAAACAAGCUGAGAAGAAGAAGAGACGUCUUGAGAAAGCUCUUGCUACUUCUGCUGCCAUCAGGGCUGAGCUUGAGAAGAAGAAGCAGAAGAAACUUGAAGAGCAGCAGAGGUUAGAUGAAGAGGGGGCUGCUAUUGCAGAAGCUGUUGCUCUUCACGUCCUACUGGGAGAAGAUUCUGACGGUGAUGAUUCAUCUCGAGUCAUGCUUGGUGAAGAAAAGGGUUUCAAGAUGGAUAUGUUUAGAGGUGAAAGCUAUGCGGUUCAAGGGAUUGGGUUUGUGUCAAACGGUUGUGGAUUAGGAGACGGUAACUGGUCGCCGUUCGCUAGUGAUGUUUGGGAUGACAACAUGGGGAUGUCAACUGAUUUGAUUGCUGCUCAGGCUGUCUCGUCGCUACAGAUAUCUGAAAACAGUGACGGGAAUACCCUUGUGUUCAAUGGGCUGUUCCGGGGAUGAUGAAUACCAUGAUUUUCAGAUUUGGUUCGCUAAAAGAAUCAUGAAUGUGUUAUGGUUCGUGUUACUGACGAACUGUGCUGUUUAUUCCAGAACCCUUUUGGUUGCUUUGGUGUGAGAUUGCUCUGUUGUCUAGAUGUAUGCCUUUUUCACCUGCAAUGUGUACGGAUGCAUUGUACUCAUCAAACUUGUCACAAAAACUCUUCACAUCUGAAUUGCAAUCAUCUUUAGGUUUCAA